GAAGCGCCUGUAGGAGCUGUGUGACCUGAGAAGGUCUCCGGCCUUGUGCUAGAGCUGCACUGUGAGCGUGGCUGUGAACUUCCCCAGGCUGUCUUUCCGAAAAGCACAGCAGAGCUGCGAUGUUUAAGUGCAAGACAGUAUGGAAUAAACUGGCUCCGCUGGCCCGGGCCUCAUCCAUGCUGUGUCUGCAGAAUGCGAGGAAAUCAGCGCUGAGACAUGGGAGAAGGCUGGAGAUGGUUCAGAAAGCCCAGAUGUCAUCAGGGCCAGCAGGAGGGGGUGGCGAAAACACACUUUAUUACGUCCUGAUUGGAGCAACAUGUCUGGGGGCAGGAGUUUAUGCAUACCGCACCGUCUCAGGGGACAAGGAAAGAUAUAAUGAGCGUAUGAUAGAAAUUGCCAGUAGACCAAAACAAGAGCCACAAGCAGCUGAGGCUGUAGCUGAAGUUGGGGCAGAAUCAAAAGAAGAUGCUGCACCUCUGGAAUCCAUCCCCGAACCAUCUUUAGAGCCAGUUAAGAGUGAGCCUGUUGCUGAAGAACCUACUCUAACAGAACCUCCUGCUGAAGAACUUCUGGUAACAGAAGCUGUUGUGGAGUCCACUGAAACUGAACCUGUUGCAGAAGCUCCCGUAACUGAACCCAUUGUAGAAGCUUCUAUUCCGGAACCCACAGUGGAAAGCCCAAUAAGAGAGCCUGUUGUUGAAGCCUCUGUAACAGAACCUGUUGCAGAAGCUCCAGCAGUUGCACAGAGCGAAGAGCCCUUAGCUCCUGUAGUUGAGAGUGAAACAGAGCCUACACCUGUAAUCAUCGCUGAGCAUGUUCCGGAGGCUUCGUCUGUUUCUGAGAGUGCUGCAGAUUCUAAAGCAGCUCCUGCUGCUGAGCCCGUUGAACCCACUGCUGCUCCCUCAGAUGUCCCUGAACAUGCUCCCUAUCUGCUGAUUGGUGGAGGCACGGCUUCGUUCGCUGCAGCUAGGUCCAUCCGAGCACGUGACCCUGGUGCCAGGGUGUUGAUUGUAACAGAGGAGUCUGACCUGCCCUACAUGAGACCUCCUCUCUCUAAAGAACUCUGGUUCUCCGAUGACCCCAAGGCCAUCGAAACACUGCGCUUCAAACAAUGGAAUGGCAAAGAGAGGAGCAUUUACUUCCAGCCUCCCUCGUUCUACGUCAGUCCCACGGAUCUUGAUAAAGUGGAGAAUGGGGGUGUGGCUGUGCUCACAGGCCGUAAGGUGGUACACAUGGAUGUCAGAGGAAAUAAAGUCAAACUGAGUGAUGGUGCAGAGAUCUCAUAUGAAAAGUGCCUGAUUGCCACAGGUGGGGUGCCUAGGAACUUGCAAGUGAUUGACAGAGCAGGAGAGGAGGUGAUGAAGAGGACAACCCUCUUCAGAAAAAUUGAAGAUUUUAGAUCUCUAGAGAAGAUGUCCAGAGAGGUUAAGUCCAUUACCAUCAUUGGCGGAGGUUUUCUCGGUAGCGAGCUAGCAUGUGCCUUGGGUCGCAGAUCCACUGACGUUGGUUUAGAGGUGAUCCAGAUGUUCCCAGAGAAGGGCAACAUGGGAAAAGUACUGCCUGAAUACUUGAGUAACUGGACCACUGAAAAAGUCAGAAAAGAGGGUGUGAGCGUAAUCACAGAUGCUGUAGUGAAAAAUGUGACCUACAAAAAUGACAAAUUGGAGAUCAAACUGAAGGAUGGACGACUGUUUAAGACAGACCACAUUGUGGCAGCAGUAGGUUUGGAGCCUAGUAUGGAACUUGCCAAAUCUGCCGGGCUGGAGGUGGACUCUGAUUUCGGAGGGUACCGGGUUAAUGCUGAGCUUCAGGCUCGCUCCAACAUCUGGGUGGCAGGAGAUGCUGCAUGUUUCUAUGACAUCAACCUGGGCCGUCGGCGUGUAGAGCAUCACGAUCACGCGGUGGUCAGCGGCAGGCUUGCUGGAGAGAACAUGACUGGAGCCAGCAAACCUUAUUGGCAUCAGUCAAUGUUCUGGAGCGAUCUAGGUCCAGAUGUAGGAUAUGAAGCCAUCGGUAUAGUGGACAGCAGUCUGCCCACCGUGGGAGUGUUUGCUAAAGCCACAGCCAAGGACACACCAAAAGCUGCAACCGAACAGUCAGGCACCGGAAUCCGUUCAGAGAGUGAGACAGAGGCAGUUGCCGGGGCAUUAAAGGCAGAAACAACGGCCACUCCACCUCCUAUCCAGCAGGAGGAGGAUUAUGGGAAAGGCGUGAUAUUCUACCUGAGGGACCAAGUGGUGGUCGGUAUUGUACUGUGGAACGUCUUCAACAGAAUGCCCAUCGCAAGGAAGAUAAUCAAAGAUGGAGAACAACAUGCCGAUCUCAAUGAGGUGGCCAAGCUUUUCAACAUCCAUGAAGACUGAACAAUCAUUUCUCUUUCUACUCUAUCAAGGGCAUUCAGUCCAAAUCUAUGUGGAGUGAACUUGGGAAAGACACACUGAACAAACACAUACAGGCUUACACCAGCCUGUCCUCUGCCAUUUUGACUUCGAAGUCUCUGAGAUCAGGAAAUGCCAUGCUGACUCCAGGCUGCAAGAUGGCGCUGUGCCCAUGGAUUGUUUAAAACUGUACCACUCAAUUUUCUACUGAGGGAAAUCUAUACCUGUUGUUUGUAUUGAAAAUUUGUGCUGUGUGUUGGGUUUUUUCUGUCGAGGUCAGUAAAUGUUUAUCUCACUACUUAAAUGUAAACACCUCCUCAAAAUCAGACAGGAUAUCCACUUCCGUUGAAUGCUGCAAUAAAGUUGCAUUUCAAAUAAAACAAAGCCAGAUGAAAGACAUUCCUCUGACACCUGUUCGCACAGUGUUUUCUGCCUGCAUGAUCAAAGCAGCUGGUACAAAUGAAGACUAAAUAAAAGUAAAUUAUUUUUAA